CUAUCUUGCCUCUUCUCUUGUUCACUGCAUCCUCUCAACCCAGUCACCGACCUGCAGCUGAUCUUGUACCCACACUGCAGUCACAACAUGAGCUUACGGAAACUGAGUUUCAAAUGGUUCAGCAGCCUCACCAACCUCACUUUCCGUCGCUCCACUGAGAAGUCAGACUCCAAGUCUGCCCUGCCAAAGCCUGAUGGUGAAACCAGGCUUGCACCUGGAGAUGGCAGCUCCACCGCCCUGGGCGCAGUUGCAGAGGUGACAGUGGAUGACAUGGGCGCGAUGCGUCCUCGCACUGCCAGCUAUGCCCGCUCCAGUGAGAGCUACACACACAUGGGCACCCUUCCGCGCCUGCUGAUGAAGAACAGGGCCAAGAGUAAUAAAGGCGGCCCCAGCAGCAAUAAGAAGAGUAAAGAUAAGAGCAGACUCAGCAGGAGCCAGAGCCAGAGACCUGCAGGGGACCAAGUCUGCAUUUCCCCCAAAGCCUUCUCAUCUGUGGCUGCAGAUGAAGCUGGAGCUGGAAUCGGAGCCAAUGCUGCACUCCAGGAACACUCCACAGGCAAACACACAACCCAACCUGAGCCACCUGAUGACAACAAUGUCACAAAUACCCAGAAAAACUCCCCUGGGCCUUCAGGUGCCUGCGAAGAUGUGUCGCCAUCUAGUGGUUUGACUGAAACACUCCAGGAAGGGACUUGUGAUGGCCAAGGCAUCAUGCCAGCAGGUCCAGCUGAGGCUCCUGAACCCCUGAGGGAGACCCCGCCACCUUCAGUCACCCACGGGACGGAGGAGGAGGCCCAGCCUGAGGAGGAUGCUACUACCAUGGGCACAGAGAGCCAACCCACUGCCAGUGAGCCUCCUGGACCUGAGGAGGGGGGAAAAGGCGGCAUGCUGACUGAGGGCCCAGACAACACGAGCCAAACAUCUGAAAGUAUUUACUGCCACAUGGAGCCAGCAGAGAGCCAGGUGGAUUAUGUCCAGUUCUCCAAGGAGAAAUACCUGUUGGAGUCGCCCCCUGAGAAGCUUCGCAAGGAGCUGGAGGAGGAGCUGAGGCUGAGCCCCGCUGACAUCAGGAGCCAUGGCUGGUACCAUGGACACAUACCCAGAGAGGUGUCAGAGACUCUGGUGUUACGUAACGGAGAUUUUCUGGUGCGUGACUCCCUGACCAGUGUGGGAGACUAUGUACUGACCUGUCGGUGGGAUAAUGAGGUGCUGCACUUCAAGAUCAGCAAGGUCCUGGUCAAAUCCAAUGAGACGAAGGUGCAGUAUGUGCUGGAAUCUGACAGUUUUGACUCGGUCCAGGAGCUCGUUCGGUUCUACGUGGGCCAGCGCCGGCCGGUGUCCCAGCCCAGCGGGGUUCACAUCUACUGUCCAGUCAGUAGGACGCUCCCCCUGCGCUACCUGGAGGCCACUUUUGCCCUGUCCAAUAGUAAGCAAGGGUCUGCCUACUCACCGUCCAGUCAGAGGGGAGCGUACAUCAAGAGGAGGAGCGUCACCAUGACCGACGGGCUGUCCACCGAGAAGAUGAUGCCUCACAGUGACCCAGACAGCCCCAGUCCGGUUGAAACACCAGUGGUACCAGCACCAGAGCCGGAACCUGUGCCCAACUGCAGCCCGUCAACCAUCCACCACCAUAAAGACGCAAUGCGGAACUGUGCUAUGAGCAUGGACCAGAUUCAGGAGUAUCGCUGCCCCUUGUCACCGGUAGGGGAAACCCCACUGUCCCCUGCAUAUAGUGCCAUCACCAGGCAUAGAACCCACUCAGGUGGGCGUGUCCUGGCCGUCGUCCCGCCCUCUCCUGUAAUGCGUCGUUCAAGUGACCCUCAGCUCAGCCCCUCAGCCAGUAACAACCCUUCAGAGCAUCCUGCCCACACCUCUCAUUCAGCACACUCCUCGCCCGCCCAUCAUCCCAGCUACCAGUCACACUCCUCAGAGACAGCAGGAAGUUACUGCGACCUCAGACCUUGUCCUGCCGCCGGUCCCCCCAAACCUCCGGCUAAGAGUUAUGUGGAGCGAUUGCGAGUGGAGGAGGGGAGGGACGAAGGAGCCAGGGAGGAAGGAGAAGGGAUGUUCAGCACCCCACAGGUGGAAACGACCUCCUCAUUCAGACCGUCAAGGUUCGAGUCUUGCCUUAUGCCAGCUGAGAAUAAGCCUCUGGAGAUGUCUGUGCUGAAGAGAGUAAAAGAGCUGCUGGCCGAGGUGGAUGCAAGAACCGCAGCUAAACACAUCACCAUGGUGGACUGCAAGGUUGCUAGGAUACUGGGUGUAACCCCUGAGAUGCAAAGGAUGAUGGGAGUGUCCUCAGGGUUGGAGCUACUGACGCUGCCACAUGGACACCAGCUGAGACUUGACCUGCUGGAGAGGUUCUAUACCAUGUCCAUCAUGAUGGCGGUGGACCUGCUCGGCUGCACAGGAAGCACAGAGGAGAGGGCGGCUCUGCUCCAUAAGACCAUCCAAUUAGCGGCAGAGCUCAAGAGCAACCUGGGGAACAUGUUUGGCUUCGCUGCUGUGAUGAGAGCCCUGGAGCUGCCACAGAUUUCUCGUUUGGAGCAGACGUGGGUGACGUUACGCCAGAGACAUACAGAGGGCGCCAUCCUGUAUGAGAAGAAACUGAAACCUUUCAUGAAGAAUAUGAACGAUGGCAAAGAGAGCAGCGUCCUGUCCAACACGUCCUUCCCCCACAUCGUUCCUGUGCUCUCCUUACUGGAGCGGGGCGUGGCGCUCGGGGAGGCGCUGGAGCCAUGGGAAAGUGCGGAGGUGGGAGUAGAUGUGGUCAUGUGCCACCUAGAGGCAGCUCGGACCAUCGCACAUCAUGGUGGGAUCUACAGAACGAACGCUGAGACCAAACUGCAGGGUUUUCAAGAGCGAGCAGAAGUGCUGGAGAUCUUCCAAACAGAGUUCCAGAUGCGUCUGCUGUGGGGCAGCCGCGGCUCGGAGGGCAGCCAGGCGGAGCGUUACGAGAAGUUUGACAAGGUCCUCACCGCCCUCUCACACAAGCUAGAGCCGCCUGUACGCCACAGCGAGCUAUAGCACCUGCCCGCCGUCGCUGAAAACACGCCCGUCUGCACUCCCCACCCACAGUGGUACGGUCUCGAUUUGCAUUGCGGCGGAUGAUGCGGAGGAGUUCGAUGUGAACACUUGGAGGGGUCGGAGAGAAAGAAGAGGCAGCUAAAAGAGUAUGUGCAGUGAGCGGUGUGAGUACAGACGAGGACUCACUCACAACAUGUGUCAUACUCACUGUGAACUCCUGACAAGGCACAGAAUUUCUUCUGUUCCUCCCUGUGGACUUCCUCACUUAGUGCUGAAAUAUUAAAAUGACAAUGGCGAGUAGAAAAGACAAACGGAAAAGAAGAUGGGGCAGACUGAUGGUCAGCUCCUCUGCUUCAUACAGACAGAUACAGAGGUACGGUGUGCCCUGAGGGCCAAACAGAGCUGGAGAGUUUGGCUUUGCUACAAUAAAACAUAGACAUUGUCUUGUCUCAAACAAUUGCUGUCACACACUGUAGCAGAAAUGACAAUGAUAACAUAGCCCAUAUAGAGACAAUGUUUGCGUGAGCGCGUAUGUAUGUAUGAGUGUAUAUGUGUGCGUUUUACAUUCCUACAUUUUUGUACAUGUUAUUAAUGUUUUAUGUGCAUUUUUUUUGUCCUAUUUAUUUGUUAUGAUCAAAAGGUAUCAGAACAUUAUUGACGUUCCCACUCCAAACUCAUGAAAACCUGUCAGACCUCAUUCCAGUGGAAUCAUGUUCAUAAAAUUCAUUAAAUAUGUAUCAGGCAAUCCCGUUGAAUCCCAU